CUAUUUUCCACCAAACCCCAUUUCGUCAUCUGCCUCCUCUAUAAAUCUCUCCCCUCAACGAAACCCUUUUUGCCUCUCUUUUCUCCUCUCUCUCUCUCUCUCUCUCUCUCUCUAGCCAUGGCUGUUUGCAUCGCAAAGCUCGUCGUCGCCGUCUUCUCUCUCCUCUUUCUGUCGACCCUUUUGGUCUCCGCGAACUCGCACACCUUCGCGCGGAGCCUCCGCCCGCUAGAGCUCGGGCUCAGGAAGGAGAAGCUCAGCCACCUCCACUUCUACUUCCACGACAUUGUGAGCGGGCGCAACCCCACAGCCGUGCGCGUCGCCGAGGCCCAGAUGACCAAUUCGUCCGCCACGGGGUUCGGCGCCGUGGUCAUGAUCGACGACCCGCUGACCGAGGGCCCCGAGAUGAGCUCCAAGGAGGUCGGCCGGGCCCAGGGGAUCUACGCCCUGGCGUCUCAGGAGGAGUCCAGCCUGCUCAUGGUGCAGAACUACGUGUUCACCGAGGGUAAGUACAACGGGAGCACGCUGAGCGUGCUGGGCCGGAACUCGGUGUUCUCCGGCGUGCGGGAGCUGCCGAUUGUCGGCGGGAGCGGGCUCUUCCGGUUCGCCCGCGGGUACGCUAAGGCAAAGACGCUCACGUUCGACCGCAAGACCGGGGACACGGUCGUGGAGUACAAUGUUUAUGUCUUCCAUUAUUGAUCCCAUUUCACGGCAUGUCUCUGGAGACCUUUCUAGAAAGGGGCCUCACGGAUUAGCUCGAUGCACGCGUUGUUUGUUUGUUUGUUUAUUAAGUACCUAUCUUUGCUUUAUUU